CCGCCACACAAAUAGAAAAGAAACAGAAAUUUGUCUUGGUAAUUGGUACUAGUCAAUUGCCUCCCUCCCACCACUAGAUUCUCUCAUCAACCCACCGAAUACCACACUACCAUUGGAGAAUCAGCUCAGCUCCCUAGGAUUCCUCAGAGAGAGCCAUGGCCCUAAUCUCCGCGCAAAUCCUAACCCUUAAAUCCCCUUCAACCCCCUCCCUUCCUUCUCAUUCAUCUCUCAUCGCCCCUUCCCAAUCUCCCUCUUUCUCACCUCCUAACACUCCACGCUCUCCCUCCCUCUUCUGCUCCCCAAAAUCAACAGCACAGUAUAGCUCCAGACGACUUGUCGUUUCCAGAGCCUCCACCAACGCAUCUGCUUUGGAUUUCAGCCCCAGCAUCGGUGAGGUCCUCGGUGACGUUAGCAUUUUCACCGCUGCUGGUGAUUCCGUCCAGUUCAAAGACCUCUGGGAUCUGAACGAGGGGGUGGCUGUUGUUGCACUAUUGAGGCACUUUGGAUGCCCUUGCUGUUGGGAACUUGCCUCGGCUCUAAAAGAAUCUAAAGCUAGAUUUGAUUCAGCUGGUGUGAAAAUAAUUGCAGUUGGUGUUGGUAGUCCUGAUAAAGCUCGUAUCCUUGCAGAACGGUUACCAUUUCCAAUGGAUAGCCUUUAUGCUGAUCCUGAUCGCAAGGCAUACGAUGUGUUGGGCUUAUACUAUGGACUUGGUCGAACUUUCUUCAAUCCAGCUAGUGCAAAGGUGUUUUCAAGAUUUGAGGCUCUGCAGAAAGCUGUAAAAAACUAUACCAUUGAAGCCACUCCAGAUGACAGAAGUAGUGUGUUACAACAGGGAGGGAUGUUUGUCUUUAAAGGUAAGCAAUUGUUGUAUGCUCGGAAAGAUGAAGGGACGGGUGAUCAUGCCCCAUUAGAUGAUAUCUUGGAUGUUUGCUGCAAAGUUCCUGUCUCCUAAAGCUUUGUCACACUUAGGUUUUUCAGUUACGGAGCAUGAUAUUCAAAAUUUACCCAGUCGAGUGUGCAUACGAAAUGCUCUUGUUUCAUAUUUCGCACUGCAGUAAUCAGUCAAAUAGUCUGCCUGCCUGUUCAACCUUGCCAUUCUUAACAUCUGGUAUAUUUAAAAUUCAAUGUAUGCUAAUAUAUUGCAUCAUGUCAUUGUAUAAUACAGAUUAGCAUACACCAGAAAGAAAAGAAAAGAAAAAACAAAUGUAUUGUUGUAUAUAAUAGUAACAUGAUGUUUUGUGAACCUUUUCCUGGUUCCAGUUUACUCUUUACCUAUAUACGCUCAUCAUACUUCUAAACACGAUGAUUGAUUGAACAAAUUUGAAGAAACUUGUAGAAAGAACACAGAUUUAACUUUGAGAGGAAUUUUUGUUUUGUAUUAGGUGAAUUGUUUUUAAAUUAUUGAUGAAAGAAGGCAAAGAUGGCUUUAUGGAUGAAAAUCAGAUCUACAGGGAAAAUAACUCGGUGGCUGAUGGAUUGCUUACUGGUGAGGUUGUUGCUGAUAGUUUAAUUUUUGAGGUGGGCUUGAUUCACAGUCAGGCCCAGAUUUAUUUGUGUUCUGUUUGUUUAGGAAAAUGAGUGAGUAAAUCACGAGAAUUACGGCUCCCUUGGACAAAUUCGUUUUUUGGAGUAGUUCCAACACAUUGGUUUAGGUUUAGGGAGUCAAAACCAUAUGCGUCAUAUGCAUGUCGAGUAAUUAAUUCCCGGUUUCCUUACACACGUUGAAUUCCCUUUAAUAAAAGGAACAAAUAAAAAAGCAUAACAAUUUGUUGAAACAAAAAAAAAAAUUUUAAAAAAAAUCUGAUGUACAGAAUAAAGUGGGUCCUAAAAUUACCUAAACUGCAAGAAUCCUAAUGUUACUAAAUUUCCCUUUUCUAUUGGGAAACAUCCUCAAAGUAGGAAUUCCUCGUACCUAUUAGUUUGAUUACACUAUAAAUUCUACUUCCUCCCAAAGCAGCGAGCGCUCCAAAUACAACUAUUACUUCAGUCUUGUUAUUUUGUUGAGUUAUUUUCGUUUGAGCGAACAUAACUCUAUCAAGUCCUACUUCACUUUUUUUUUUCUUUUUUUUUCUUCCUUUUGAGAACUUUGUGAGGGUUGUAGGUUUUGAUCACCAUGGACUUACCUGAGCCUGGAAAGUUGUUCGUGGCUAGACUACCAAAGACGGUUAGUGAAACCCACAUAAAAGAACACUUCAACAAAUAUGGUGAAGUAAAGGACUGUGUGAUUGUUGUGGACAAAGUUACUCGUAGGCCAAAAGGGUUUGCCUUUGUUACCUUCACUGACCCAUUCAUGGCUAAGAAAGCAUUGGAAGUAGAGCACUACAUCUUCGGAAGAAAGUUAGAUGUGAAACCUGCUUUACCAAAGAGAGAGGAACUCCAGAACCAAGAGGAUGAGCAAGCUAAAGCAUACUUCAAGACCAAGAAGAUUUUUGUGGGAGGAUUACCACAUAAUCUGACACAAGAAGAAUUCAAGAGCUACUUUGAGAAGUUUGGUACAAUCAUAAAUGGGGUUAUAAUAUAUAUCAAGGAAAGCGGCAAGUCCAGGGGCUUCGGCUUUAUCACUUUUGAUUCAGAGGAGGCUGUGGAUGAAGUCACCAAGGAAACCCAUCAUGAACUGAAUGAUAAAUUUGUGGAGGUGAAGAGGGCUUGGCCUAAGCACAAGAAUGACAACAUGAUCCACACGUUUGACUGCAAUGAAGUUGGGUUUAAUUUUGGAGGGUCACAGUGUGAUUAUUAUAGCAAUUUUAUGCUUUAUGGCGCUCGUUGCUUUAGUUGCUUACUUCCUUAUGGAUUUGGGCACCACGAAGGGUGUUUGUAUUAUGGUCAAAACACAGCUGGUUAUAUCACAUGGCAGCCAAAGAAAGUUCCUACAAACUUUGGAAUGGAGAAGACAACGCAGACUCAUGCAUGCCCAUAUCAGAAUUCAGUCUAAUUUUAGUACGUCACAUUGAUUCCUUGUUGUAUUUUCAAAUAAAUUCACAUUGAUUGAUGA